AUGGCUACGAUUCGCUCCUCACUGCCGCAUACCGAAAGGACUGCUGCAGAACCUCGAGAGAAUCGACGAGAGCCGGUUGUGUUGUCGCACAUUAGACAAGUAAACGACAGUAUCAGACUCCUGAAGCUUCAAGCUGUCGACAAGCAGCAUACAAUUAAGGUGAUACCAGGUCAAUGGCUUGAUACAUUCAUUCCCGGUCUACAACAAGCAGGCGGCUUCACAAUCACAUCAACGCCUCAAGAUGCUAUGCCCUCGACUCAUUCUUCGCCGUAUUUGGAACUUGCAGUCCAGCGAAGCUCUAACCCCCCGGCACAAUGGCUAUGGCGUGACACAGAAGAGAUCAUCUCGACCCAGCUGACAGUUAGAGUCGGAGGCAGCUUCACCUGGCCGCCACCUCAUCUGGAUACGCAGGGGAUCGAUCGAUUGGUACUCAUAGCUGGAGGCGUGGGCAUCAAUCCACUCAUUUCAAUCUUCACGUACCUGAUACGGACCCCUGCUCCCUUGCGCCCUCCAGAGAUACACUUUGUGUAUACGACCAAAGCAGAACCCGAUCUAGACCCGCAGCGCAUUCUGUUCUUGCCACGACUAAUGGACCUUGUCGCAGCAGCAGCAGAUCCCGCAAACGUCACCUUGAGUUGCUUUCUCACAGGCGUUGGCGACGAUGGCUAUAUCGAGCACGGCAAGCUUCCCAACAGGACAUUCGCUCGACGGAUCGCCGACCAUGAUCUCUUGAAAGCUCUGGAUGGCUACAAGGCGAGUGUAUUCGGGGCUGAGCAUGACCGCAAGAAUACAGUCUGCUAUGUCUGCGGGCCACCUCAGUUUACUGACGUACAAGUCCAAUUCUUGAGGUCGCAAGCCGGCAUGUCCGAGGAUCGGGUACUUAUAGAAAAGUGGUGGUGA